AUGUUACCAAUAAUGUCAAAACAUUUUAUAAAUUCAUCAUCAAGAAAUGAUUCAAUUACAUGUAAUAUUAAUAGUGAUGAAUUAAAUCGUAAUUGUAAUAAUCGUAAAAUAAAAGUUAAAAUAUCAAAUAGUGAUGGUUAUAUAAGAUCAAUAUCAUUUAAAAGUGAUUCCAGUUGGAUUAAAUGUAUACAAUUAGCAAAAGAUGUCCAUAGUAAUAAUGUUAUUAUUGAAUUAAUUAAUAAUAAUCAAAUAAGAUUAAGAACAAUUAGAGAAAUUAAUGAGAAUGAAGAAUUAUUUUUAUGGUUUACAGAAGAUAUUUCAAUUAAAAUGAAUAUACCAUUUUUAACACCAAUAAAUAUAAGAGGAAAUAACUGUUAUAUUUGUCACAAUUGCAAAGCAUCAUUUGAAUAUCCAAAUCCUUUAAAAAUUCAUUUAGCAACAUCAUGUUCUAAUGAAUCACCAGAUAUAUUAUGGAAAAAUUUAAUAAAUUCAAUAAAAAAGAAUGUUUCAUCUGAUUUACUAUCGGAAAGUAUAAAUAAUAUAAAGCCACAAAUGCUACUGCCUUCAUCACAAGAAUCAAUAAAUGCAUCUAUAGCAACAACAUUACUAUUUACUAGUCAUAAUCAUGUUUUAAUGAAAUCACAACCAACUUUAUAUCAAUAUGAUCAUCAAUCAGCAUUUAAGAGAGUUACUCCUCCACCAUUAUCACAACCACCACCACCACCACCAACAUCGCAAGUACCAUUAUCUUUAGCAUCACAAUUACAACAAAAACCACAACAGUUACCACAAGUGUCUGCGGUUAACCAUAUUCCUUCACAUACUCCAUUAUUAUUACAUCAUCAGUAUUCAACUUGCAAUUAUCAACAUUUACCAUUAGUACGUAAAUCAUCACCAUUGCAUAGAACAUUAUUUAAUUCUUCUUCAUCAUCUUCAUCACCACCAUCAUCUACUUCAUUAUCUAUAUAUUCAAGUUCUACAUCUGUACCGAAUACAUUAGUUACAACAUCACUAUCACCAUCAUUAUCAAAUUCAACAUUAUCUUCAUCAUUGCAUUCACAUCUACAACAUAAUAAUCAUCAUCAUCAUCAGAUUACACCAACAUCAGCAUCAGCAGUAGCUGCAGCAGCAGCAUUAAAUGCAGCAGCACAAAUAGAAACAAUUGUUAGUAAUAUGGGAGCAUCAAAACAAGGUCAUUUAUGUAUAUAUUGCGGAAAAUUAUAUAGUAGAAAAUAUGGCCUUAAAAUUCAUAUACGAACACAUACUGGUUUUAAACCAUUAAAAUGUAAAUAUUGUUUUCGACCUUUUGGUGAUCCCAGUAAUCUUAACAAACACGUACGUCUUCAUAUGCAAAGUGGUAAUCUUAGUUUUCGUUGCCAUUUAUGUAAUAAAACAUUAGCAAGAAGAAGAGAUUUACAGAGGCAUAUUGAAACCAGACAUUGUACUACUGGUACUGUUGAUGAUGAUACCAGUAUACAAUUUACAACUAUAUCAUAG